UGAGAGAGAGAGAGAGCUGUUUGUGGUGCUGAAGCUGCGCGUGCCUCGGACGUCGCUACCACCCGAGCAUCCUUCCUUCCGCGAGAGGACCUGAGCGAGCAGCUUUUUGAGCUUUAUUAAUCUCUUUAAAUUUAUUUGAUAUUAAUUAUUAAAGCACAAGCUACACCCAGGAGACGUUUCUGAAGCCGUUUUCUGAGGCUGUCUCUCUCUCUCUCUGUGUCUCCGAGGCUCGUCGCCUCAUCGCCUGCCUAAGCCAGCCGCUCCAUCCCCACACAUCCUUUAUGCACAGCACGCUGCUCCGGUCCUCCCCGACAAAACACACACUCGUGUCCGAGCACCAUGGCCCGCUCCAGCCGCUUUCAUUGAGAGACAUGGAAGCCAAACAACACCAGAUAAAGAGCCUAAAGAGCUACCCGGAGACCGGCGGCCGGAGCCUGGCAGCGGCUGCUGGAGUCGACAGCGGCGGCGGCGGCGGUGGUGGUGGGUAUCGAGCCGGCUCGGCUGAAAUGGAUAUGGAGGCAAAUAUCCAGAAAGCCAUCGACUUCAAGGCGGAGGGUCACCGCUGCUACAAGGAGAAGAAAUUUCGGGAAGCGAUCGGCAAGUAUCACCGGGCGCUGCUGCAACUCAAAGGGGUUCAUGUUGUCGACGGGACGACGGGCUCCGAGGUCAACCUGCUGAGCCAAGCCGCCGCCAAGCUGACCGAGGAGCAGCGGAGAGCCGUGGAGAGCACCGAGAUCGAGUGCUACGACAGCCUGACAGCGUGUCUGUUGCAGUCAGAGCUGGUAAACUACGAGAGAGUGAAGGAGUACUGUCUCAAGGUGCUGAGCCACCAGAGAGACCACUUCAAGGCCAUGUACCGAGCCGGCAUCGCCUUCUAUCACCUGGGUGACUACGAAUGUGCCCUACGUUACCUGCGUGACGCCAAGAACCGCGAACCCACAGACACCAACGUGCUGCGGUACAUCCAGCUGACAGAGAUGAAGAUGAGCAAGAGUGGACAGAGGGAACGAGAGAGCGGCAAAGAGACCUAGGGCUAACCCCUCGACCUUUUCACCCUCCUGACCCUUCAACCUUUGACCCUAUGAGCAGUCCCUACAUCGAUCCUCCCUCUCUCCGCCUCCUCUCUCUCGACUCCUGACAGCAGCACAGCCCACAGACAGAAGAGACAGACCCAAUCACCCGGGACACAUAUCAAACGCUGUCUGCAACCCGACCUCCCUUUUCCUUUUCCUUCUUCUUCCUCUUCCUCUUCUUCUCCCCCUUUUCGUCCCUCAGGUGCUGUGGUUCCUCUCCCUAGACGCAGACAGUCGAGCAAACGUGAAAAAAAAACAAAACAACAAAAAACAAAGGAAAAGCUGUAUUAUACUCAUAUGAAACCGUCGAUGUGGUGGAAUGAAACAGGAGCUUCUAAACAUACAUAUGAAUAAUGGACAUUUGCGUGAUUUAGUAAAUGUUUUAAAAAGAAAAAAAAAACAUCAAAGCAUUUUGUUUAUGCUCUCUCUUCUUCUCUCUGCCUUCUUUCUCUCUGUCUUAUUUCAAACUCUCGAGGAGAAUUUCGAGGGAGUUGUUGGGAAGCUCGAUCGACACCGAGGGGAGGGUGGGGAAGUGUGAGUGUGUGUGUUCAGAGGAGGGGAUAGUGAGAGUGUGUGUGGGACGCAUAUCGAAACCAUAGCCCAAUUUGAUUGUACAUCCUACCCACCUCCAAACAGGGCUCACUCAGACAGACCCAGACUAUGGAAAUCUUAAAAAGCUUCAUCUAUGACUCCUCUGUUUCUUUCCUGGAUGCCAUUUAUCUCCGUUUCUGGACUGUUUUCUUUCAAUUCAAGGGCUAAUUCAAGCGUUUGUAAUCUGUUACUAGGGUUUUUCAUUUGCUUUCGGUGUUCAUCAUACUCAGUAGUAAUUAAUCGGUUGUUAAUAGCAUCUUUGUGCGCAGCAAACAGACAAAGCUCUCCAACGGUUCUUGCUGUUAUUGUGUAAACUGGUGUGUCUUGAAUCUGUUGUCUGACGCCCCUCCUGGGUCGUGUGUUGUUGUUGAUGUUGAGACUGUCGAAACCCCUCCCUCCUCUCCCCUUCCCUCCCUUCCUUCCUCUCCCUGUUCUCCCGUUAAUGAUGUCACAACGGAAAAUAGCCAAUGAGAUCGUGGGAAACCAUCAAACCACUGUUGGCUAACAGGAUGGAGAUCCACUUUAAAGUGUCACAGUGAGACAGAGAGAGAGAGAGAAACACUUUUAAAAAUUUCUAAACGGAGGUCCAACCUUUUAUCGGUAAUGCUGAAGCUUCCCAGACAUCGAUAACACAGAUCACAGAGGAGACUCUGGGCAUCGUUAGUGCAGGGAAAACAAUCACACACAUCUGUCCUGGAGCACUCGGCGUUAGUGCACUUCAACAAAGAGUGUGCCAUUUGAGAUUUCUUCCUCUUUCACUUUAGACAACACUACAAGAUGGAUAUCCACGGCUAGCUGUCAAAAGAUACAUAGCUAAUUUGCCACCGCUUCUCUCGUGACUCGUGAAGCCGAAUCAUUGAUAAUGCAAAUGUUGCUUUUAUGAUAGCUUCGCCCUCAGGCUUAAAUCUAGCUGAAGAAGGUUGGAUUGACGAUUUGUGAAAGCAUGACCUGAAUUCCCCCUUUUGUCUCUGAUGCCAUGAAACUCUUUCCCAUGUGCAAGCACACCUCCUGCAUGUAACGUGCGACACAGAGUUACUUCAGAUGUAUGGGAUAGGGAUUAUAUCUGCUCUGUUGCUUUCUGUCAUGGCAUGCUGCCACACUGUUUGCUCAUACCUCGAUUUUAUCCAUUCUGCCCUUUAUAAAUAAACACAGAAGGUGGUGACAGACUGUGAUCACAGCAGUAGAAUAAACCAGGAACAAAGAGGUCUUUAAUAAAUUAGGGUCACCUUCUGCCUCAGAUGAGGUGAGACAUAUGAGCUUAAGAAAAGUGGAAAUCAGCGAGCGAUGCUGUAAAAGAUUUCCCCUCCUCAUUUUUCCAGUGACCUGCUAAGAGGUAAAUAGGGACCUAAGUGUGUCAAUGGGACUCUGGAGAGACAGCACCAUGCGUUGAGGAGACCGGCAUGAUACAGAGAGGCUCCGGUGGAGGGGGAAAGUAGGCCAUCAUCAGCUCCAACUAAAGCAGCUGCAGCUCCAAGUCGCUCUGGCAGCAGAGGCGCGAGAUGAGAUUACAAACAAAAAGUUUAGAGCCGGGAGAUUUAUCAUCUUACAUCAUAUGACCAGUCAUAUGUGGACAUCUGAGCUAAACUUCUGGCACAAGAUUAAUAAACCUGGCCACAGAGAUUUGCUCCCACGCAGUUCACUUAUAGUUUUUGGUCAUACAUGAUGUCUCAAUGCAGGAAUAUGAUUUCUUAAAGGCAAGAUUCAACAUUUUGGGAUUCGCUUUCUUUACUCUUAAAUCUGUACAACCAGCAGCAGGUUAGUUUAGCACAAAGACUGGAAACAGCUGGCCUAGCUCUGUCCAAAGGAACUAAAAUCCAUCUAUCAUCACCUUUAAAGCUCAUUAAUAUACUUGUAAACAAAAACAAUAUUCAACUUUUUUACUAUUUCUUGCCAGGCAACCGGUUGAAGUUACUGCUCAUCUAACUCUCUGCAAGAAAGCAAAUAAUCUCCCAAAAUGCUGAACUAUUCCUUUAAGUUAUCUUCCUUGUUCUUGCUGACCUAACUCCAUUAUUUAUAAAAAACAAAAAAUCACUGGUGUAAAGCACCAAAUAUCACGCACACAAACUAAUGAUUUUGUCAGCAUCUCUUAGCUCAGCAAACCUUCCUCACUCUCGACGUGCCUCUCUUUUUUCUUUGGUGUCCCAGAGGAAAUAAAUCAAACAAAACAACAGUGAGGAAUGGCACCUGCAGGCUGGGUCUCCAUGGCUGCCUGGGCUGAGUCUACUCACCCACGGGCCCCUCGGGGAUAGGUCUCCUCCCGUGGUCCCGCUCUCUCCAUGGCACCAGUCCACCAUCUUGUUUUUGUCUCAUUGUGCUAAGUCAUUCUAGCUCAACGUGCGCUACGACCGUCUUGGGGAUAAGUAGAUGCACGUAAAGCAGGUUCAUUACAGGCUGAUCGGUUCUUGAUUAAUGACUCCAAGGCUGUUAUUGUGAGCUGACGACAUGCUGUCUGUGCAAAACGAGAUACUCGAUCUCGACAUCAGUGUAGCUUUGAAAACAAACAAGAAGCACAACAAAAAAAAAAGAGACGGAAAAAGUCAAACUACUGCCUGUGUUUUUUUGUUUUGUUUUGUUUUUUUGCUCUUUUGCUUUGAUGUCAUUUGAGGUAAAUGUUUGUCAGAUGUCAGAGUAGUUUUUGUGAAUAUAUGAUACAAAUGUACAAAAAAAAAUAACAAAAAUGGAAAGUUUUAUGGUUGUGAAAAGCUUUACUUUACUGAAUUACUUUGCGAACAGAAAAGAAAAGCAAGAGAUAGAAAAGAGAAUUUUAAUAUAGCUCCUCCACAGAGCUGCUUCGUGACUGUGUCUGUAUUCAUUGGUCUUUCUGUUGACGUCCCUUUUCGUCAAGGGAUCCAGAACCGGCUCAGAGUGUGCACAACGCCCUUUGACCCCGCCCUUUCCUCCCUCCCCCUCCGCCUUGUCCGGGUGACCUUUCACCUGACUCGUCUGUUUCUGCACAGUAAGACGACCAGUAACGCAGGAGUGGAGGAGGAGGAGAACUCUGAGGAACUCGUACCAGAGCACAGAGCUGCUCCUCACAGCUGCAGAUCUCCAUCCAUGUUUGUUUCUGUGGUGAUGGAGAAGAGAAGAAUUUAAAAAAUAGAGACAUGAAGGUGGGGACGUCAAGGCUAUGACUGCGUUUUUGUCUCUCGCCUCGCUCCCAAGAGGCCUUUUCCUUUUUUUUUCUCCAUUCAAACAUCCAAACAUCACAGGCCUCCAUCACUGGUUUUACUGAACUGCUAGCCCGGGAAUGCACUAUUGAUUGGUAAAUGAAGACUAUGAAUAAAGUUUCAAACAAAGA